AUGGUCAAAGUAUUACUUGCUAUUAGUUCCUACCACGGAAAGUUCUACCCAGAAGGCUCUAAAACAGGAGUUUAUUUUAGUGAAGUAUUGGAGCCAUAUACAGAGUUUACUAAAAAAGGCUAUGAGGUCACAAUUGCUUCCGAGACUGGAACCUUUGCUUGGGAUUCCCACAGUCUACUCUUUGAAAGUUUAUCAUUCCACUUUGGAAAUAUUUAUACCGCUUUUCUCAAUAAAAGUUCGGCAUUUAACAAAGCAAUGAAAAAUGUCAAGAAAGCAUCCGAUGUGGAAGAUGAGAAAUUUGACAUCUUUUUCGCCAGUGCUGGUCAUGCUACUUUGUUCGACUAUCCUAAGGCUAAAUCAUUACAGAAAAUUGCUGCUGAUACUUACGAUAAUGGUGGUGUUGUUACUGCAGUUUGUCACGGAGGCGCUAUUUUCGAAAAUCUCAUUGAUCCUGCAACUGGUGAACCAUUAAUUAAAGGCAAAAAAGUAACAGGUUUUACUGAUAGUGCAGAGAAAAAGUUAUUUCUUACAAACUCAAUCAAGAAACAUAAUUUGGUUACAAUGGAAGGUGUUGCUAAAAAAGAGGGAGCUACAUAUGUGUCACCUAAAGGGGAUUGGGACUCAUUUACCGUCAUUGAUGGCAGACUUGUUACUGGUGCCAAUCCACAGUCUGCUGAAAAGGGUGCUAAAGACACUAUCAAGACCUUUGAAAAGACAAGAAAUCAAACAACUGACAAUUAG